CGAGGUGCUGUCGGUGCGGCGGACGCUCCGGGAAGGAGCUUACCACAUCACGACUCCGAGUGGCGCCUACUACGUGGAUGGACACCUCGCCUCCACCUACAUGGCGGUGGUGCCGCACUGGGCGUGGCGGCUCUUUGGCGACGGCUACGUGCGGCUGCGUCACCGCCUCGGCGUGCCGGUGACGCCCGAGGGCGAGGGGCCGCUCAGCAUCUUUUGGCCGUACCAUCUCUGGACGGCGCUUGGCGUGCCGCCCUCUGCUGUGCCUCUCCUGUGGCCCUUCACGAUGACCGGCACCCUGCUCGCGGAGCUCGCCAACACGGCGGUCCGCCAGCCCCUCGCGCUAGCACACGCCGUCGCCUCAGGCCUUGCCCUUGGCAUGGCGCUGCCUCUGGGGCUGUUGAGGGCGUCGUCGCGAGGCGGCCGCUCUGGGCGCAUAAAGAUACAUUAA